AUGGCUCUGCGCAGGAGAGGCAAUCGCGAGUCAUCCGUGUUUCCGAAGCUCACCGGAACCCUCAGGGGAAGACAAGAUUUUAAUGUUAGGCUCCGUGCCCUGUCUGGUGGAGUGGGUAGCAGCAGUGUGGCCUCCCCUCCGCUCUCACCUGCAUUGCCAAAGUAUAAACUCGCAGACUAUCGCUACGGGAGAGAAGAGAUGCUUGCACUUUAUGUAAAGGAUAACGUGAUUCCGGUAGAUCUUCAUGAUAAGGAAUUUCUACCUAUUUUACAAGAGGAGCCCCUGCCACCAUUGGCAUUAGUCCCAUUUACAGAGGAGGAACAGAGAAAUUUCUCCAUGUCUGUAAAUAGUGCAGCAGUACUCCGUCUGACAGGAAGGGGUGGAGGUACAGUGGCAGGGGCACCCAGAGGCCGAAGUUCUUCACGGGGACGAGGGAGGGGCAGAGGAGAUGGAGGGUUUUACCAAAGAAGUUUUGAUGAUGUGGAGGGAGGUUUUGGCCGUGGAGGAAAAGAGAUGCAUCGCUCCCAGAGUUGGGAGGAGAGGUAUUCAAAAUGAAUUGC